CUUUGUAAACUUCCUGUUGUGAAAAUUACUGAAAGAUCCUCAGGGACUAAACAGCUUUUCUUCUCUGUCUAUUACUAUUUUAUUUGCAGUCAUGACCAUCAGAUCAAUUCGUUAUGUGAGGAGGAUGUUACCUAAGACAUAUGAUCACAGGACAGAAGUUCUGUCAGAGAUAUCUUUGGUUUUGUCACAUUAUCAGCACCUUGAACCAGUACUAGAGAAAUUUGUCUUUAAUGACGGCACAGCAAAGAACUUGAUCAAUUUGACUGGAACCAUUCAGGUGUUUUAUGAAAGAAAACAGUACAAUAUUCCAGUGACUUUGUGGCUGAGAGAAAGCUAUCCACGCACCGCCCCCAUCUGCUAUCUGAAACCCACUUGUGAGAUGGUUGUUGUGACCAGCAAAUACGUCAACAGCAAUGGAGAGAUCAAGAUGCCUUACUUGGAUGAGUGGAGACAUACCAAAUGUGACCUGCACAGCUUGAUUCAGGUUAUGAUGGUAAUAUUUAGUGAGGUCCCUCCUCUGCGCAUGCGUCUUGACCAAGAGAAAUCAUCAUCUGGUCACAAAAUACACUCAGCUGAUGAUUUCUCAUAUGUGACGCUGGACAGAGAGGACGAUCUUCCUUUUUAUGAACUUAAUGAAACUAUAUGUUAGCUAGCUAAAUGUCUUUGUGAUUUGUAAAUCUGUAAAUUGUAUGAAAACAAUCAUUUUAGCGCCAUGAAUACAAAGCGUACAUUUUUGUAAAUACUCAAAUUUUGUAAAUACACAAGUCACAUGUUUAUAAUGCAAUGUUUUCAUAUGAUUCAUGCUCAGUUAAAAUCCACAUGGAAUCAAAAUUCAAAUAUUUUUCAGCACACAUUGUUAAUCUUAAUGUUUGCAAUUAAUACAUGCAAGUGAAUGCACUUUGUUUUGGUGGGCUAAUUUUUAUUCAAAAUCUAACAUUUGCGUCCGCUCUGGAAUGGAACUUUUGGUUCCCAUACUGUUUAUUGUUGAACAUAUUUUGACAAUUGCAAUAAAUUUAACAAAACAUG